AGGGGAGCGGCGGGCAGGGGAGCGGCGGGCAGGGGAGCGGCGGGCGUGGCGGUACUGCCCGGAGGCCCGGCGAGCGACUCGGGGGCGGCGGUCCCUGGGGAAAAAAAAUCGACGUUCCGCAGGUGGCGGCUGCCGUGGUGUGGUGGUGCGCACCUGGGGUUUCGUUCUCUAGGGGCGCGGGUGGCCGACCUGCCGCAGCUGGAGAGCCGCGUCCUCAUCCGGGGGCUGCCCUCGGCCAGGCCAGAGCCCGGGGCCGUUUGUCUCCCAGGGUGCAGAGGGGUCCAUCGAAGGCUGGAGAAGCCGUGUGGGUGGUUGGGCAAGUAAAACAAAUAGCACGUAGGAAAGAAGAGAUAGAUAAAGCAUAAGCCGUUACUAGGAAAGAGAAAAACGACUUCUUACUGGUUUUCACUAGCACAUACCUGCAGGAGACACAGGUGUGUAAGGGACACGAACAAGGCCAGCUGUGCAGGCUGCCACCGGUGGUGCACAGCCUGCCACAGUACCUGCAUAUAUAUAUAUACCUAUACCUAUAUACCAUAGUACCUGCAUAUACACUACCAGGACUUGUGUAAAAUGUGAGCAUAUCCAGCCCUGUUCCUUUUCUUACCCACAGUCAGUGUGGACUAAAGUUUGCAAAAGUACAUACGAAUUCGCAGAUCCCCAGAGUACCAGCACAGCCCUUCUGUUCAUGUGAUAACCCUGCCCCAUAUCCUGAGCCAUUUUACUCAUUCCCACGCACCGGCUGGUCCUGCUUCCUGCUCAAGAGCAAACGUGUGCUCCGGCACUUCCCAACAGGCACUCCACACCUGAAGAUCUCCCCAGGCGGCAGCACAGGCUAAUCCUUCAUGACCUGCCUGGAUCCAGGGCCUGCUUCUCACCAGGUGGCCCACCUUGAAGUUUGCUCAGGAGUUACAUCCCUGCCCCCAGCAAUUUUCCCUGAUGUUCAGGGCAGAUGCAACGUGUCUUGUGUCCACAGCAGGCAGCACCAGGCACGUAGGCUGUGGCCUGCAGUCCUGCUUUGUGUGUGGGUGCCAAGACUCACUCAUUUUACUUGCCUCAGUUCCCCAGCAGGUGCACCCAGGCACAUGUACCCAUCCUGCCUCACUGGCUGGAGCCUCACUGUCACCUGCACUCCUUGCUGGCAUCAGGGCCCUUACCCACUCCCACUGCUGUCAUAAUAGGAGGGAUUUCUAUCCCAAAUAAUUGUACUUUUACUAAAUGCUGUGUGCAUUUGCCAGUUCUUAGGCAAGGUAGGACUCACUUGGACAGUUCAUGUCUGGGUCAUGGAAGUAUAAAGGUAUACUUGAAAGGCAUUCCAGGCUCAGCAGGGGAGGAGCGCCGGUCCCCGCCGGGGCGGCGGCUGCGGCUCCCGAGGCGAGGGUGGCAGGGGCCCCCUGGGCCCGCGGGUGCGCGGGCACUUGUGUGAGUCCGGACUGCGCCCGGAGCGCUGCGGCUGCCCCAUCCCCCGCAUGGCCCUGCCGGCGGGAAAGGCCUGCCGCCAGACCGGCUGCGAAACGUGGGGUGAUGGCUUCUCAAGCAGGGUGGUAACUUAUUUCCACUGGACUGUAAUGCCAUAGGGUAACGCCAAAACCUGAAGUAACUUUUAAACAGACGUAUUUUUUUUGUUGGCCACUUUGACAUCUCUUAUGAUUUCAACCCAGGCAGCCACUUGCGUUCUCUCCAAUCAGUCAGAUCAGGGAGGAGAACUCAAAGGUUGAGAUAAAGACAGUUAAAUAAGGACACCAAAAGCCAUAAACACAACCAAAGCAAAAUAAGGAAUUCAUUCCUUGCCUCCAAUAGGCAUGCAGGUGUUCAGCCAUCUCCAGGAGAGCAAGGCCCCAUCAUGUGUGAUAGUGAUUUGAGCGGACAAGCAUCAUCCCUACAAAUGUCCCACCUUUCCUUCUUCUUUCCUCCCUGUUAUAUAUUGAGGAUGAUGUCAGAUGGUUGGGAAAUUCCUUUGGUCCGUUGGGUUUACCUGUCCCAGCUGUGUCUCCUCCCAGCCUCCCAUGUAACCCCAUGCACCCCCAACUUCCUCACCAGCGUGGAAGUAUGAAAAGCAGAGAUGACCUUGGCUCUGUGUAAACCCUGCUCAGUAGUAAUGAAAACAUCUUUGUAUUAUCAGCACUGUGUUCAACACAAAUUCAAAACUCAGCCCCAGACCAGUCACUGUGAAGAAAAUUUACUGUCUCAGGCAAAACAGCACAACAACUUGACUAAAUAUAGGAAGGACAGUGCGUGCUUGAGAAUGACAUCUGGUUGUUUCUGCUUCAGUCUUGAAAAAAAAUACUUAUUUUGGCAGGAACACAUCCCUGGAGAUUUUCUAAUCGAACAGGCUGCGUGUGGUCCAGCAUGAAUGCCCAACAAAGAGGGCAGAGUGUGCAGGAACAGAACAGGUCCAGCAGAACUUGGAAGAACAUGACUUCGGAUAAAGAGUUUGCAGAAGAUAGCAAUUUUUCGCCCAAAGCCAGCACCAGUAAGCUGCCGACAGAUGCGUCUCCCGACUCCAAAUGCCCCAUCUGCCUGGAUAGAUUUGACAAUGUUGCGUAUCUGGACCGCUGCUUGCACAGGUUCUGCUUCCGCUGUGUCCAAGAAUGGUCAAAAAACAAGGCAGAGUGCCCGCUCUGCAAGCAGCCCUUUUUCUCCAUUUUCCAUACGAUCCGUGCUGAAGAUGACUUUAAGGAGUACAUCCUGAGCCCUUUAGAAACCAGCUCUUUUGCCAGCCCCGACGGCCGGAGGUUUCGUUACCGCACUACCUUAACGAGGGAGCGCCGCGCGCGCAGCUCCCCUUCGCGCAGGAUGCUGUCCCCUCCAGAUAACGGGAUGCUGUUUGAAGGGCUGUCCGCUGAGCCAACGCGACACACACAGAUUCAGCAGAUGCUCAGGAGGCUGGCCUCGAGGAGGAAGGCCAGCGCAGAGGGCAGAUCUCUGCGGCAGAUUGAGGAGGAGGACAUGAUCAACUUCCGCAGGGCUCUGUACCGCACCGGCGUGCGCAUCCGCAGCAUUCAGGACGGCGGGCGGUACCGAGAGAUUUCGGCAGAGUUCUUCCGCCGCAACCCGGCUUGCCUUCACCGCUUGGUUCCUUGGCUGAAGAGAGAACUGACGGUCCUGUUUGGAGCGCACGGAUCUCUGAUCAAUAUUGUGCAGCACAUAAUCAUGAGUAACGUCACUAGGUAUGAUCUGGAAAGCCAGGCUUUUGCUGAUGAUUUGAAGCCGUUUUUGCUGAAUCGGACAGAACACUUCCUGCACGAAUUCAUCAGUUUUGCUCGUUGUCCUUUUAACUUAGAGGCGUAUGACCAACAUGCCAAUUAUGACUGUCCUGCGCCGUCGUACGAGGAAGGAAGCCACUCAGAGUCAUCAGUUAUUACAAUAUCGCCAGAUGUGGCGUACCCUCAAGGGCCGGAUAAUAGUUUGUCUGUUCCUGGUCUGGGUCAGGCCCCCUGGGAUGAUGAAACUCCCGGGCCUUCCUAUUCCAUUUCAGAAGAGGUUCGUGCAACCAUAGCUUGUCCUCUGGGGUCAUCAGAAAGUUCAGAUGAGGACUGUGCUCCAGGGAGUCAAAGAACUAAAUUGCAGAGUGAGUUACAGGCUAAUGCUGACUCAAAUGACAGUGGCUCCUCCUCAGACAAUUGUGUCAUUGUUGGGUAUGUUAAGCCGUUAGCUGAGAGGACACCUGAAGUGGUUGAGCUGUCCUCUGACUCUGAGGAGUCCAUCAAGGAGGAGAAAAAGGAAGAUGUCAAGAAACAGCAACCAGUCCAGUGUCACAGCUGGAGUGACAGUGAACCAAGCAGAAGUUUCUCACCCCAUUCCCCAACGUAUAGGGAGGAUGUAGGAAGUUGUAGAAGCUGUUUAUCUCCUGCAGUUGAGAAGACGGAAUCAAAAGAGGAUGAGAAGAACAAAUGUAAAAGAAAAGCUCUGCCUCCACAGGACUUGAGUUGGAGCCCCUCUCCAGGGAGUGACACAGUAUGCUCCCCUUGGAAUCACAGAUUGUCUAAAAAGGGAAAGUCCAGAAGCCCACAGUCCUGUUCACGGGACAGUCGAGGCAGUCAUGGCCAUCGGUCUAGAAGGGAGCGCCAUAGCAAAAGCCAACUUAAAAGGAGACGAUCAAGAAGCAGAGAUAGUAGCAAACAUAGGAGCAAAAGAAGCAGCAGAAGGUCAAGGGCUCAUGACACCAGAGCCUCUCUGAAAAGCCAGAGGGGCUCUCUAAGUGGUGAGAGCACUCCGUCCAGAGAAGUGAGCAGAUCACGUUCACGUAGCAAAGGCCACAGUAAAAGGAGAUCAAGAAGCAGAGACAGCGACCGCUAUUACGUCAGAGACAGUUAUCAAAGUAGACACCAGUGGGGUUCUGCUUUCUGUAGUCGAAAGGUGUUUGGAGACAGCUAUGAAUCCUCCAGCAGAAGGAGGACCCGAUCUAACACUCUUUACUCAAGGCAAUCUGCUAGUCCAGAAUACAGGAUACGAUCAUUUAUUGAGAGGACAGAUCUGCAUAGCCAGAGGGGACUCCACGAGAGGCACUAUUACUGUUACGAAAGAUGCAGGUCAAGGAGUCGGUCAAGCAACAGAUCAAGGACUCCUUCUGGAGGAACUGACAGAACAAAAAGUGAAAAGCCUGGUGGAAAAAGGAAGUACAAAACUCGCCACCUGGAGAAUCCAUUCAUGGAGAGCACAAGUCUAGAAAGAGAAAAUGACUCCAAGAAAACUUCCUCAAAAUUUGGUGACUGCUGCAAAAAUGAAGAUAGCCUGUCAGACAAUCAUGCAAGCAGCGAGACAAAGCGUAAGAAAAGGAAGAAGAAGAUGAGGAGUCCAAGUGUUGAGAUAGUCUACGAAGGAAAAGCAACAGACACAACAAGGCAUCUUAAAAAGAAAAAGAAAAAGCAUAAGAAGAAACACCGGAAACAUCACGCGAGUAACUCAGUACAUUCUUCUCCAGUGGUGAUUACAAUUGAUAGCGAUAGUAGCAAGGAACCAGAAAGGACUGAAUGGGACAGCACUAUUACAUGGACAUGCACAGCUCAGAUAAAUGAGAGGGAAAAUGAGUCUCCGUCUUCUUUUCUGAGGAGGACAGGAUGUGAGGAAACCGGAGGAGUAGACAAAAAGUGUGGUAUCCCUGCCACAAGGGAAGACUUAGAUAGUGGCAUUAGAAAUGCUGAUGUCAAGCUUCAAGAAGCAGCAGCUAAUCAGAGUGUUACCAUAGUGAAUACCAGCAGUAACACUUCUCACACAGGAACUGUGACCAGUUAUGUUCAGGAAGCACCAGCAGCGCCCUCCAGGCAACUGCCUUCCCCCAGGACUUCCUUCCUAGAAUGUCCAGAGAGAGAGCCAUUGAUACUGAGACUGCCAAAGAGACUUGUCAGCAGAUCCUCAUGGUUUGAUUUCCCAGAAGAAAAAAUGUAGUAGACUUUCCUUGGAACACUUGUUAAAACUGUGAAUUUAAGUACUUUUUUUUUUUUUUUUCCCUUGAGAACUAAACUGUCAGAUAGAGUUUCUUUCUGUUAAAAAGUCUAGGAAAUGUUUAAAGCUUUUGAAUGUGUAUGCACUUUUAAGUCAAAGAAGAUAGAAUAUUGCUAGUAUGUAAUUCCUAAAGUUUGUUAGAGAACUGUUUGGAGGUUUUAAUUUCAUAAAGCCAUCCACAGUAUUUCACAGUUUUAUGUAAACCAAACAACAGAAAAAAGAGCUGAAAACAAGAGCCAGGAAAUACAUUUUAUGGGGAUUGCUCUUUUUAGACAAGGGAAACAUUGUUUAGUUCAUAAAAAGUGAUUCAGUCUGAAUUCCAGCAUCAUUUCAAUCUCUUUGGUUUAAGCUGAUCUCUGCUGAGAAGUAGUUAGUGAUUUCUACAGAAAUUCUCAAAGGACUUUGAGUAAUUUUAAGGUAAGCUAUGUCAAAAUCUGAAUGAAGCAAUAAGAUUUUUUUUUGUUUGUUUAAAUAUAUUUGCAUAUGUACUGUGUGUUUUGUAAA